AUGUUUAAUAGCUUACUGCGCAUCGUCGGCCUCAAAAAGGAGUGGCCGGUAUACACGCUAGACGAAGUACGCCAACACAACGACCGCUCCUCAAUUUGGAUAGUCGCGGGAAACGCUGUAUAUGAUGUCACUUCCAUCCUAGACACACACCCUGGGGGUGCUAAUGCGCUACUCCGUCGAAGUGGUGGUGUGAAGGACUGCACCGAGGACUUCAACUUCCAUAGCCGUGCUACGCGGAGGACAUGGGAUUCCUUUAAGAUUGGUGUCUUGGACGCUAGGGAAUUUGUGGGAAUGGUAGCUUACCCUGCUUCCCUGACAGACUCAAGAGACGACAGCGUCGCGCCGGAGGCCUCUCCUGUGAACCACGCCUGUGCAAGUUGGGAGUGCGACGGCGGCAAGAACUGCUGCUUGACCAGUACUGUCGAAACCUGCGGGAGUAGGUCUGAGCCCGUUCCAGAUCGUAUAUGCUGGGAGUGUUUGCACCGUUCCUUGGCGCGGCGGGAGGUUCUUCCAAGACCCUUGUAG